AACAUAUAUGAUUGGGAUACCACGUGGUGCUAACAGGUGCUCUUUACUGUAAACCAUAUGUAGCAUUGGCUCCAACCCGGAGGAGAGGUUUACUUUUGGCUGCAGUAUAAAUGGCAUCUACAGCUAUGACCUGAGUUGUUUCAGAAUGAAAAACAUUUUCAGGACUGCAUUUUUCGCUUGGAGAGCGGAUGCAUCAGAGCCAGUGUGCACGCAGAAGCUGCAGUGAUCAACAAAUCGAAUGUAUGAAUUGGAAGCACUAUUUGUUGAUUCACAUCUGAAAACGCACGCGGUUUGCUUAAUCGGAAUAUCCAGAAGCUUCUUUUCCAGCUGUGGCAAUUAAUAGGCCUACAAUAAUGACUUAAUUACGCAUUUGAAGGCUAUCAUGGAUUAUUUGGUUUGCUUAAAAACAAUACUGCUACGGCUUCAUUGGAUAAUUUUAAUUGUUUGGUGAAGUGUGGAAUAUCGAAUUUUCUUCUGGGACGUUUUGUCAUUACCAAGCCGCCAAACUGGCUAUGGCCGCAGCGAUCGCCAGCUCCCUCAUUCGGCAGAAGCGGCAGGCGAGGGAGCGAGAAAAGGCGAAUGCCUGCCGCUGCGCAAGCAGCCCGAACAAUUGCAAAGCGGGGGACAGGGGACCCUGUGAGAAACCGAGCAAGCUGAACUUGUUCUCACGCGUCAAGCUCUUUGGCUCUAAGAAACGGAAGAGAAUACGGCGACCAGAGCCUCAGCUCAAGGGGAUAGUGACCAGACUGUUCAGCCGCACAGGCUUCUGCCUUCAGAUGCAGGCUGAUGGAACCAUCGAUGGAACCAAGGACGAGGACAGUAGCUAUGCGGUGUUCAACCUCAUUCCUGUCGGGCUGCGUGUGGUGGCCAUCCAGGGGGUUCAGACCAAGCUGUACCUGGCCAUGAAUAAUGACGGCUUCCUGUACACCUCUGAGCACUUCACCCCAGAGUGUAAGUUCAAGGAGUCGGUGUUUGAGAACUACUACGUGACGUACUCCUCCAUGCUCUACAGACAGCAGCAGUCCGGCCGGGCCUGGUACCUUGGCCUUAAUAAAGAGGGUGUGAUCAUGAAGGGCAACCACGUGAAGAAGAACAAACCCGCGGCCCACUUCAUCCCCAAGCCCCUGAAAGUUGCCAUGUACAGAGAACCUUCGCUCCAUGAUCUGACAGAGUUCUCCCGCUCCGGCAGUGGAACUCCCACUAAGAGCCGCAGUGCAUCGGCCCUGCUGAAUGGAGGAGGGAAAACACUGAGCCAGAACGAGCAGUCCACAUAGCCGUUGGGCCAGGCUCAGGCACGGGCGGCUCUGACAGUCUCACAGUAAGCAGACACAGUUGCUCCGUAUCAAACAGAGCACACGGGGAGCAAGGAAAUUAGCUUAGCUUAGUGUUUGCUGAAACCACUGUGACAGACUAUGACAUCAGUUAAAUCACUCCAUGAGCUUCUGCCCAUCAACUUUGCUAUGAACUUCGAUACAAAAAGCCUAAGCCAUUUUGGUGGUCUGGAGUUUAUAUAGUUUCAUUGAUUAUUCUUUAGCAUAUGUAGCAUAUUACCCAUGGAUAUCUCCCUGAAGGUCUUGACAGGGGAGGUUUCUGGCCAGUAUUUAUGUGGUACACGAUCUGUUGCUUCCAUGCGCCCUAAAGAAGCUUUUUAUUUUCUGUUUGAACAUAUCCGCAAGUGUUCUGCCUCUGUCUGAUAAUCUACCAUAUUAAUUGCUUGCCAGCGAUACGAUUGCAUUUAUUUGUUACUGUGUACCAAAGAGUCAAACGUGUUUCUCUAGUUUUAUUCAAGUCAAAUAAAUAAAUAUUAAAAGAAUACAACUUUAUGUUUGCUACCACAAAUAUGCUGUGUCCGAAAUCUGUCUUGCCUACUAGGCUACCUACUAAAACGACUCACUGUGGACUAAUCGUUCUACAUAAUAUUUAGAACAUACCAUUUAGUAAACAUUUAUGCAGUAAGCAAGAUAUCUCCACAUACGGAGAAUUAAUCAUCUUAUUCUGCGAUGUUUCCUCUCUUUUUUAGCACAAGUUCACUUAUCUGAUAAUCAGCUGUUGCCAAACACAUGCGAUUCUCUCUCUUCUUGCUGUGAAUUUGUUCCAGAUGGAGAAUCAAAAGGGGUAUGAUAAGCAUAGUAAAUCUUCUUCGAAACGCAUGCAGGUUAUGAGGAAGCUACGGGUAAUCGGACACAGCCAAUGUGUGGUUUAUAGCGACACUGAAACAGGGUGGUUCCAGACCUAAAUGCUGAUUAGCUGAAAUCCGUGGUUGACAGAAAUGUUCUUUUUACUGUUUGUUUUUUAUAAAAGCAGUAAGGCACAUUGUGGGUCUGUGGUAUAAGGCCAAUAUACCAUGGUUAAUGACUAUAUCCAAGCACUCUGCGUUGGGUCUUACAUAAAAAUAGUCUCUAGCAGUGGUAUUUUGGCCAUGUGCCACACCCCAUUGUGCCUUAUGGCUGAAAUAUUGACCCCUUUUUGUUUCUCUAUACUCUUUAAAGACUGUGUUUCCAUCUUCAUUUAUUACAUUGGUAUCCUUGUUAGAGAGCCCUGACUUGGUGAGAGCUUGUUGUUUGUAUAGGCUACUUUCUAUCAACCCUUUUACAACGUUGUGUCAUUAGUAGGCUCCUUUUACAUUCUAGAUGACUAACCAUCCACUUCAUUUCACUUUGUAUUUAGAUGUGUUCAGUCUUUUUCAUGUGUGUAUGUGUGUUCAGUGCUUGCUUGCAUGUAUGUGUUAGUGCUUGCUGGUUUGGAUGUGUGUGUGUGUGUGUGUGUGUGCACGUGUGUGUGAAGGUGUGUGUCUGUGUGUGUGUACGAAUAAUAACAUAAUCCUUGGUUUUAUUUUAUUUUACCAUCAAACAGGGAUUGCUGUUGAAAUCGAGUGCUCUUCCAGAUGAAACGAUUGUAUGUAUUAGCCAGUGUUGUUCUGUCCUUCCCUCGGGGACAAACAGAUGCUGAUCUAUCAUUUUGUCUGAUCUCUUCUCUGAAUUGACAAUGUUAUUGCAUGGGAGUCAGCGGACCUUCGGGACGCCGCCGCAUGAUGCACUUGUACGUUGUGGGCCCACUGUGCUAAUCAUCAACCGGUUCUGGACCGUGUUCUUCCAGUCUGCUCCAGGCUCCAUGUGAAUGAUCCAUAGCACAGAUACCACUUUUAAUCCGGUACCUUCUGCCAGUUUGUUAUUUGUUGUGCUAACGAAAAUGCACUGAAUAAAAAUGAUUCUUUUUGUCAA